UAUUGCUCAUCUGUGUUCGCGGUUGUCGAGCCUCGCCGUUGUGUUUUGUCCAUUAGCUGUGCUACGAUUUAAAUGUGGUAUCUAAGGAGCCUAAAAACAGGUUGUGUUUACUACCUGGUUAAUAGCAACAAACACAUAGUUGGCCGCACGAAUGCGGAUCUGGUGAUAAACGAUGAUAAAUCAAUCAGCCGGAUUCAUGCCGUUCUACAACCGGACAGAGAUGGGCUGAAAGUGACUGAUAGCAAUUCUCGGUACGGAACUUACGUAAAUGGAAACAUUGACCCUAAAGCCCGCAUUCCGACUGAAGCAGCGACUGUCGUCUCCACGGGUGACACAGUACAAUUCGGACUCGUUGGCAGCGCCUGGGAAGUCGGUAGAGCCGACUUUUGUUGCCUUACGUCAACCUUCCAGAUGACGACCGAGUUCGCGAAUGUAUUGAAAAGAAUUGGCAUUGAAGUGGUGUCCUCGUUUUCUUCUGAUGCAACACAUCUCAUCAUGCCGACGAUAACCGUCACAACGAAGUUAUUGCAGUGUCUGGUCGGACAGGUGCCGAUCGUCACCCCGGAUUACUUCACGGCAGUCGAGCAGUCCAUAGAUGAAAAGAAAGAGCUCCCGAAUGCGAUCGACUACAAACCGGAGUGUGCUGAAGCGUACAUUAGAACCGUACCAAGGCUGGUCGUGCCGAAUCCGGCACGCCGACAGCUGUUUGGUGGAAAACAGUUUAUUUUUCUCAGCGGCACUCUGUUCACUCAGUACGAUGAUAUCAUCAAGCUGGCCGGCGGACUUUGUUGCUGUGCUGUGCGUGAAAGGAUAGUUAAAUCGCGCUUUCUCAAACCGGAAGUCAUUACGAUCAAAGGUAAACAAGGAAAUGAGUCGCAAUCGCAAAGCUUCGACCAGAUCGCUUGCUACUUGUCUGCGAAUGGGCGUCGGAUGGUGCCGGACAGUGAAAUCGGGCUAGCAAUUCUGUACGCUUCGACGGAGAAGUUCUGCAAUCCGGAUUACAGCUUCGCAUCGAACGUUGAAGUUGGUCAACCGUUCGGACCAGCCGUAAGCGUUACACAGGUGCUAGCCAACGGUACCGAAGAACCAACGGCAGCUUCAAACGUACAAGCUGGAAACGCAGUCAUUCACACCAUCCCCGAGACGCAGCCCGCAAACGGGUACAUCGAAUCCAUGCACUACACCGGACCACCGGUUUCACUACCGUCGAGUUGUACGACAUCGGAACCGGAGGAGCCUGCCCCUGUCACACGACGACUAUCGAAACGGUUGGCCGAUUCGGAGAAGGCAGCUGAAAAGCAAACUGCUGAUGACGCAGCUAGUGUAUCGCCGAAAUCGAAACGACCCAGGAAGAACUGCGACGCUGACGUAAGUGAGUCUUCGGCGAAAUUGAAAUCAACGAAGAUUAACGACCGUCAUGAACAUGUAGCGGCGGCUACUGCAAAUGAGGUCACGAUUCCCGAAACACCGCUAUCGCAAAUGCCGCCAUCACGUUCUUCAUCAUUGCACCUAGCGACUUCGGGAUUUUUGGCGGUAAAUCGUCAACCGGAGAAAGCACCAAAGGUGGCUCACAAAAGGCCGAAUCUAGAGCUGGACGACGAUCCUGAUGCCCUGUUCAAUUUCGGCGAGGUUGGUCAAAGGAAAAACCAACGUACGCGUACAUCGUUGGCCAGUGCUAGUCAAGUGCCAUCGCACAACAACAACCGACUGGUUGGUGCACGGUCGAACAAUGCGGCGCCGAGCAAUAGCGAUCUGUUCGCGUUCAACGGUCAAGAACUAUCCACUCAACGCACCUCAAAGCGACAGUUAGGAUCCACGACUGCCGUUUCCGUUGCUAAUUCGUUGACUAACCCAAGCAGCAUCAAUGGGAUCGACUGGUUAAAACUUCCUCCCGGUAAUGACCCAUCGUUCUUUCGAUAUCAGAAGCAUAUCAAGCCUCUAUCGUUAUCCACAUCGGCGUGGUUGGCGAAGGUAGAUCCCGAUGAAUGCUCGCUUAAAAUCAAGCAAGAAGAAUACGAUGCAAGUAGCUACACUGGCAAAUGGCUCGACGAUAUACGCGACGUAACUUGUGUAAAUGAAGUAAGCAUGAAGCUGGUGCCUCAUCGACCACCGGAAACCGGAUGUGGAGAACGCUCGUACAUUGCACCGAAUGGAGGGAAAAACUUCAAAGCUUUCGUAAAGAACAAGAAUUACCUGUCGCAGAGAACCACCCCGGUUGCGCCCCUGCGAUGCGUUUGUUCAUCUGAGAACUGCGACUAAAUUUGAAUUUAAUUAAUUUAAUGGUUUAAAUCAAAUAAAAACAAAGUAA